ACGUGGCUUUAUAAUCACAUGAAAGAUGUCAGAGUCGACGAAUAGAGAAAGUUACUUGGACAACAGUCCUAAAAAAAGCUCGGACCGCUUUAGAAGAAGUUUUCUCAGCGGGGAGUUAGAGCCAACUAAAGAACGUAUUCAAUUUCUAAAGACUGUACAGACGUUGAAGACUAUAAGUGUAGCUCGUAAGAAGGCUGGUAAAACUUUAAGUAAUCUAGCACCUGAUAAUUUAAUUCCAGAGGACUAUGUCAAACCGGAUCAAUUGGGAAGGCAGCCUAUCAAACCAAUGAGUGAUAAACCAUAUCCGACCGAAGAAGAAGCUUUGGCAGCCGCUACGGACGAGAAUGGCUAUUUAGAUAAAGAUAGAGUGGUGAAUCAUUGUUUACUAGUUCUUUCCGGAGUGAUUACAGAAUUGGCCACUUUACUUCCAAAAGUUUAUCAGCUACGUAGAGAAGUGGGUGUAAAAAAAAUUAAAGAAUUGGACAAACUAAUUGAAGGCCUCAAAAUGAAUCCCUAA